CCCUCAUCCCCGCGGUUACUUUAAGGGGUUGGUUACGUUAGUGAUGGGUCGCAAGAAGAGGAAGCAGUUGAAACCGUGGUGCUGGUACUGUAAUCGGGAGUUUGAUGAUGAGAAAAUCUUGAUUCAGCAUCAAAAGGCGAAGCACUUCAAGUGCCCGUACUGUCACAGAAAACUUUUUACUGGGCCAGGUCUGUCAAUUCACUGCAAUCAGGUUCAUAAAGAGAAGUUGGACAAAAUUCCAAAUGCUCUUCCGAACCGGACGAGUACUGUCAUCGACAUCUACGGCAUGUCUGGUAUACCCGAGGUGGAUAUCAUAGAGCAUGAAAGACAGAAGUUCGGCUAUGAAGGUGAUGAAGAACCACCCGAAAAAAUGGCUAAGGAAGAUGAAAGUGUGCCGUUCUAUCCACCGCCACCAAUACAUCCCCCACUUCCAUUCAUGUCAAAUCUCUGUCCCCCUGCUCCCCCAUUCAGUCACAUAGGAAUGCACGGUGUCCCUCUUCCUCCGCUUAUGAACCCAAUAUCCUACGUACCCCCGCCGCCACCACCUCCACCUCCAGUCCCACCUCCUCAACCAGCGACUCCAAAAGAGGAACAGUCUCCUCCGACAUCCCCUAAAGCCACUUUCCCGGCGUAUUCAUCUCCAUCAAAUAAUGCAAAGACACCUGUAUCCAAAGUGCAAAAACCAGCCCCUGGAACAAAUGGAGCUGUGGUAGAGUUGGUUCAUCCUGAAGAUGACUUGUCUCUUGAAGAAAUUAGGGCCGAACUACCGAAAUACAAACUCAUUUUAGAAAAUGCAACUAAAAAUCCAGCACCACCAACAUCAGUAGCUCUAACGCCUGCGCUACCUGCUGCUCCCUUUAUACCUUCACAGCCACAAGUUGUAUACCCUCCAAUCGCCCCUCCAGUUUCUACGCAAAUCCCGUUCAACUACAAUCCUGGAUUUAUCCCACCAGGCCAGUUAUGCGGCGGAUAAAUGGCCAAACUUGGAUCGAUGAUUCUUCUCACCAAGAGUGCUUCUUCCCGUUAACCCUCUUGGUUUUUUUGUUAUCCUUUGCUUAUUAUUACAAAUAUUAUCGUUACAAUUAUUAUUUAUAUUGAUAUUAUUAUUCGUCAUAAUUAUGCCUUUCAUGAAAACAUUCCCCCAAUUCUAUCGAAUCUUUUAUUUAUUAUUAGUGAUAUCUAUUUUCUCAAUAUACGCCUCCACUUGUUUCAUUUCACAUAUUCGUUAUUUCAUUAUGAACCUCUCAUUGCAGUCUUACUAUCUCCUGGUAAACACAAACCACUUUGUACAAGCCACCCACCUAACACUUUUUAUAACCUUGAAUUGACUUGUCAGUUUUCCUACCCCACACUCUACAAAUCUAUUAUGAUUAAUCGCCACCGCUAUCUCCCGAUUUACAAUAUUCUGUAAUCGAUUUCAGCCUAGCACGUUUGUCACACAAAUACGACUAUUUAUUUUGACACCCCAUAACUAAUCUGUUGUACGUUAAAAAAAUGUAUCCGUCGCAUAACUGGCUUUUAUUUUAACGAAAACAAAUGUUAUAUAUUAUAAUUGUAAUAACCUGAAGAAAAAUUAUUGAGUAGAAUAUUAUUCGUUCAAAUUGACUUUUAAUUUAUAGUGCAUUUGUUGUUUAGAAAUUCACAGUCCUGAUUUUAAAGAAUUUUCUCUGCUUGAUUUCAGCAUUCGGCAUGCCCACAAUGCAGUCGCAGAUGGCACCAACACCAGCUCAACUUUCUCCGUGGUCAGGAAUACCUCAGUUGCGGUUUUAAUGCAAGUCAUUCGUGCAUCAUGUGUUGUACAUUUAACUUUCACAAUGUUUAUGGUGAACAAACUUACUUAGCGUCUCUUGUUUUCUUUUGAAGUAUUCUGGAAACAAUGUAAGUCAAAUUAAUGAAGUAUGUCUGCUGGAAGGUGUUUGUAUGUGACUCAAAGAAAAUAUAAUACUACUUCAGUGGAAAAUUCUUUUAUGGACAGCAAGAUGGUAGGAUCUCUGCUCACUACCUUAUAUGUUGCAUAAUCAAGCACGUAGCACAAACGGAUUUUAGAAGCCGCAAUGCCACUGUCUUGACGCCAAGGUAGGUUUUAAUAAUUAUAAAGUAUAGGGGUAAGUAGAAUUGUUUUAUUUCAUUGUCAUGUGGUGGGUAAAAUAAGUCCCUCCAAGAAAACAGUUUCGUUGCAGUGCAUCUGCAGAAGGCUGAAUUUUAGUGCCUUACGAGACCAAAACACUAGUAGUUUUUGUAUCAACGUGCAGCUUCAGAACUAAUUCACAUCUUAAGACUUCGUAGAACGUGCGGUGUUGAGUGAGUGGUUGAGGUAACCUAUUGUGAUGACACGAUAUGUUCGCACGGCGAUUCAACAUUUCGUGGUAACCUUGGAAAUAAUAUAUCCAGUGAGACUCAUACAUUACCAUAGCUCCUAGGAUUCUUACUCAUAUGUUGACAAAAAUGAGGGCUAAUUCCGUUUCAGUAACCAGUUUUGGCAGCUGUAACGCUUUCUAUCUUCAUUCGCUUGAAAUGAAUGAGCUAUGGGAAUAGUUCAAUGGAAAAAUGUAUAUUGGAUCAUUUGGAAAGUUGUUAUUUAUGUGCACUAAAGUGAAGCAAAUAUUGGUUAGUGUGUGCAUAAUGAGUGACAGACUAUUUUAGUUUCUGUUAUCUAAUAUCUUAGCACGAAGGAAAAGCAUUGCUUCAUAUGUGGAAGUUUAAAUUAUAGUAAUAAUGAAGAUAUAGUAGUAUAAAGAAUAUCAACUAAAAUUGGGAAAAUUCCUCAGAAGUUCGGGAUCAUUCAAACCUAGAUGGCCAAGGUAAGAUUGAUGUCUGAACUAAGAUUCUCUUACGUUUUGAGAUCGCUAUAUACCGUGAACCUUCCAGCGAUCAUUUUAUACUGGAAUAGUGUCAGAUUCUUAAGGGCAAGUUAAAAGUCGUUCAUCAUUUGUUAGGUUAAGUUUUGUGAAAUGUCAUAUGCGUUUCUGUUGAGUUGAUUCAUUUCUUCCCCAAAUGUGCUUCCAAUGAAGUCGCGACUAUUCAGAUAAAGAGCACAAAUUUUCUCCCUUGUUUUGCUAAGAUAUGAUUUUAGGUGUUCAAAUAUUAUCUUGCAUUUCCAAACGCUUUUUCCCUCAGUGUCUUUAAAUGUGAGACCAAACUGAAGUCGUGUAGUAAGUCGACUGUUGCAAGCUUCACAGUAAACGAUCGCAUGAAUUUCAUGUAAAAUCUUUUGUAUAACUGUUGUGUUGGAUGUGAUAAAUCCUUUGUACAUUUUGCAACAAUACAAAUGCG